ACCGAGGUAUCUUUUUGUAUUUUUCUGCCGGGGAUGGGCCAGAUUGGGAAGGGCGGUACGAGGGUGGGACUUGGCGUUGGUGUUUUGGAACAUCAAAGAUGGACAGGGUUUUCGCGGAGGUCGCUCCUCAGAUAUCUCCACAACUACAGAUCGGGGAUCUUCCAAAAUCGAGAAGAUUGGUGCAUAUGGCUAGGUCUCUUCACCUUACAAUUUGUAUGGCAAUUUGGCCCGGGGUUGUGGUGUGGUAGGGGAGAAUGGGGGAUAAUCCCACGCAGGAGUUCUGAACGACGUCUGGUUCACGUUUGGCUGGAUAACUCCACCACCACACGGGGUAUGCAGUCGGCGAUGGGGUCAAAAUGCUCGUAUGAUCGAGGGCUUUUCGAUGGAUCUAUCGGCGGGUUCUUAUUCGAAAAAUCGAGCGAGUUCGUGGUGGAGCGGUUUUUGGCUGUGUUCUGA